AUGGGGUUCUCACACGUCUUUUCUAAUGAAAAGUCAGAUGUCACUGCACAAGUCGACCCUGACUCCAGCGAUUCGGAGCCGCAGGUGAUCCACGAUGGAAAUCUUGCCUACACCCGCGUCAAGGGAGGCAAUGGGUCGAAACCGUCCUAUCAGGAGGCAGUCGGAGCGCCUGUCGAGUCGUCUUCUCCUCUCGGAUACAAUGUUGGCUGGUUGACUGUCAUCUUCCUCAACGUCAACAUGAUGAUUGGCACGGGUAUCUUCUCCACGCCCGCAAGCAUCCUCAAUAGAACGGGAUCCAUCGGACUUGCUCUCAUCUAUUGGGUGAUUGGGUUUCUCAUGGCCGCCGCUGGCUUAGGCGUGUACCUCGAGCUCGCAAGCUACUUUCCAAACAGAAGUGGUGCCGAGGUGGUCUACUUGGAACAGCAAUACCCAAGACCGAAGCACUUCUUCCCCAUCACCUUUGCCGUACAAUCUGUUAUUCUGAACUUCGGUAGUAGUAAUGCUAUUGUCCUGUCGAACUACAUUUGGGCUAUGACGGACAAGACGCCUUCAGAAUGGCAGAUAAGAGGCGUUGCAAUUGCUGCCUACAGCUUGGCUAUCAUAUGCGCUGUUUCUAACAACAAAUGGUCACUGCGGGCGUCGAACGUCAUCGGAGGUAUCAAAGUCAUCACACUGGUCUUCAUCAGUAUCGCGGGCCUCGUUGUAUUGGGCGGCAAUGUUCACCAUAUCCCGGACCCCAAAGCCAACUUCCGAAAUGCUUUUGAAGGCGAAAGCCCAAACGGAAAUGAUCUUUCCAGCGCUCUUGUCAGCAUUGUCUUCUCUUACGCGGGAUACGCCAACGCAUUCAAUGUCGUCAAUGAGAUCAAGAAUCCCAUUCCAACCCUGAAGAGGAACACGAGCAUUGGACUUGUCAUUGUCUUUGUUCUGUACUUUCUUUGCAAUAUCGCCUAUUUCGCGGUUGUUCCCAAGGCGGAAUUUGCGGAAGCCAGCCAAAUUGCAGCGUCUCUCUUCUUCGCCAAGCUGUUUAAGAACAGCAAUACAGCCGCGGAUGUUCUCAACUUUUUGGUCGCACUGAGCGCAUUUGGUAACAUUUUGGCGUAUUUGAUUGGCGGCUCUCGAGCGAUUCGUGAAAUUGGACGGCAAGGCGUUCUACCCUUUACCGACAUCUGGGUGUCCACGAAGCCUUUUGGAACCCCCAUCGGCCCGUAUUUGUUAAAUUAUUGUUUGACUUUGAUCAUGAUCAUUGCGCCACCCGCCGGUGAUGCUUUCACGUUCGUGGUGAGCUUGUCAACAUAUCCAUCUGCCAUGUUCAAUUUUGCCCUCGCCAUUGGAGUCUAUAUCAUUCGUCGAAGACGCGUUCGCUCCGGCCUGGGGUAUUCCGAGUUCAAAGCGUGGCAUGUUGCCGUCGUUUUCUGGAUUUUUAUUCAGGUGUUUAUUCUAGCUAUGCCAUGGUGGCCCCCGAAGGGUGGAAUGUAUGCUGGUGAUGUCAGUUUCUGGUAUGCCACAUACUGCGUUGUUGGAAUCGCCAUCAUCAUUGUCUGCGGCUUAUACUAUGUUCUUUGGAUGUAUCUGCUCCCUAAAUGGGGAAAAUAUGCAAUCAGGACAGAGCUCCUUGAGGUGGGACAUGAAGGAGCGAAGACGCACCGUCUUGUCAGAGUGCCGGAAACUGAACUCGCUCAGUGGGAUGAAGACCAUGACGAGGCUGGCGACUUGCGACGGAGAAAUGUGGUUCCGUCGGAUAGACCUGUCGAAGUGUAG